CGCACCGCACGUCCGUCGGUCCCGGUCUCUCUCUGCCGACCGGCGCGCACCACGAACCCGUCGGCUCUCCCCGAUCGAACCAACGAUUCCGCCUGCCUCGCCGCUCCGAUUGCUCGCAAUGCCGCCCCCCCGGCGCCGAGCCCACCGGUCGCCUUAGAGCCCGCGACGGGGAGAUCUCGCGCAGCCGCUGCUCCAGCCACGCGCCCCCACGAGGCCGCGCGCCGCGGCCGCCCCCGACCCGGCGCCCUGGAGCCGCCGCCGCAGGAGGCGGUGAAGCCGUCCCCGACCAACGGCCGCAUCCGCUACCGCUCCCCCUCGGCGGCCGAUCUGCUCCCCGCCGACGACCUCGCGGCCGCCCCCUCCGCCGCGGAUGCCGCGGCGGCCACGGCGGCGGCCGCGAGGAUGCGGCGCUUCUCGGCCGCCGGCGCGCGGCAGCAGCAGCAGCAGCAGCAGCAGGGGGAGGCCGUGUCCGACCGCGUCCUCCGAUUCCGCGGGGUCCUCAUGGUGGUGCUCACGCCGGUGCUCCUCAUCUCGUUCGUGCUCGUUGCCAUGCCGCGCGCCCCUGCCUCCGCUACCGUGGAGGGUUCUGCUGGUGAACUCGUCGCCGCUGCCGGACGGAGGUGGGGUCCCCGGGCCGUGAGCGGAAUUGGAGAUGGAUCCACCAAGUACGCGGUGAUAUUUGAUGCCGGGAGCUCCGGGAGUCGCGUGCACGUGUACUGCUUCGAUGGAAACCUGGAUCUGCUGCCUAUCGGAAAGGAAAUCGAGCUGUUCAAGCAGAAAAAACCAGGCCUCAGUGCUUAUGCCAAUGAUCCACAGGAAGCUGCUAAGUCACUUGUUUCUCUUCUAGAGGAAGCUGAAAAGGUAGUUCCUGUGGAAUUACGUGAGCAAACGCCUGUCAGGGUUGGGGCUACUGCAGGUCUGCGAACAUUAGGAACUGAAAAGUCUGAAGAAAUUUUGCAAGCGGUUAGGGAUCUUCUUCAAGACAAGAGCUCUUUCAGAUCCCAACCAGAAUGGGUUACUGUUCUAGAUGGAUCUCAGGAAGGUGCAUUCCAGUGGGUUACCAUCAAUUAUUUGUUGGGAAAAUUGGGAGAGCCUUACUCACAGACAGUUGGAGUGGUUGAUCUAGGUGGUGGUUCUGUCCAAAUGGCUUAUGCCAUCUCAGAGAAAGAUGCAGCAAAGGCUCCUAAAGUUUCAGAAGGUGAAGAUUCAUAUGUGAAGAAGCUGCUACUUAAGGGAGCAACAUAUUAUCUUUAUAUUCACAGCUAUUUGCAUUAUGGCUUGCUGGCGGCUAGAGCAGAGAUCUUAAAAGCUGGUGAAGGCAAUGAUUACAACAAUUGUAUUUUGGAAGGACAUCGUGGGAAUUACAAAUAUGGUGAUGAUAUAGUUGAAGUGUCAGGUUCAUCAUCUGGUGCAAGUUAUUCCAAGUGCAGGGCUGUUGCUGUCAGAGCUCUCAAUGUUGAUGAACCAGCAUGCACUCACAUGAAAUGCACAUUUGGCGGUGUGUGGAAUGGUGGUGGUGGAGAUGGACAGAAGAAUCUUUUUGUUGCAUCAUUUUUCUUCGAUAGGGCUGCUGAGGCUGGUUUUGUAAACCCAAAGGCAGCAGAUGCUAAGGUUAAACCCUCAGACUUCGAAGAAGCUGCACGACGUGUUUGUAAAUUGAAUGUGAAGGAUGCACAGGCCACCUACCCUGAUGUUUCAGAGGAGAACAUUCCAUACCUUUGCAUGGAUCUAGUUUACCAGUACACAUUACUUGUGGAUGGAUUCGGCUUGGAUCCGUACCAAGAUAUUACAUUGGUAAAGAAGGUGCCUUAUAGCAACUCGUUUGUUGAAGCAGCAUGGCCCCUUGGUAGUGCCAUUGAGGUUGCAUCUUCAUCAUAGCAGAAAUAGCUUGGCAAUAAUUUAUGAAAGAAAUGAAGGUCUCGGCAUAUAGUUUUGGCUUAGUUUACCGACUUAGUAGGGAGUGUAGAUCCUAUGUUUGAGGUUAGAUUUUUUCCCCCUUGAUUCGCCAUUUAUUGUCCAUUUUCAAUUCUAUUUGUUUAGCUGCCUACACCUUGACAUACACGAGGAAUAUAGCUUGGAGAUAUUCAGUCCUGACCAUUGUAAGGAUUUUUUUUAACUAAUGCAAAACCAUAUCAGAGCCUUUU